UGGGAUUUUAGAUUUAAUUAGCAAGUUUUUUUUUUGUGUUGCUUCUAUCAGUUCUCUGAAUCAGAUUACGCAUGAUACUGAGAAAAAAGUCAUUUCUUUCACUGCUUAUCAUUUUUUUUAACUUUUAUAUUUUAGAUUUGAUGCAUUAUACUAGUUAGGAUUUGUGUAGUGAUAGUAGCAGAUCAUGGAUCUUAAAUUCACUGUGGACCUUAGAACAUUUAUGUGUGUAGUAAUACUCCUUAAAUGCCUCUAGAAAGCAAGUCAUGGAGGGUGUUAGGACCGGUAGGUCAACAAGUCUUACUUUAUGUGGUUGGUUUUGGUUGGAGAACGACCCUCAGACUAAAUUUAAUUUAUUUCAUUUUUUUGGUCUUUCCUCGUUUAGAGUGUUGUAUUUGAUCCCUUGCAAAUUAAAUUACCUUUCUUUCUAUGGCUAGCUUGGUGGUUGAGAAAAUUUAUUCGGAAGUUGAUACAUGUUUGAAACUAAACAAACUGAUACAUGUUUUGAUUUUAGAAUGCGGAAUCAGGCUGGCUUCAGCUGGAUACGCGGUUUUUGGUAUGGACUAUGAAGGUCAUGGAAGGUCCAUGGGAUCUCGUUGCUACAUCAAGAAGUUUGCGAAUGUUGUGAAUGAUUGCUAUGACUACUACACAUCUAUUUGUGCGCAAGAGGAGUACAUGGACAAAGGCAGAUUCUUGUAUGGAGAAUCCAUGGGAGGCGCAGUCACUUUAUUGCUUCACAAAAAAGAUCCUUUGUUUUGGAACGGCGCCAUUCUAGUUGCUCCAAUGUGUAAGAUAUCUGAGAAGGUGAAGCCACACCCUAUAGUGAUUAAUCUGUUAACUAGAGUCGAAGAAAUCAUACCUAAAUGGAAAAUAGUUCCAACAAAAGACGUGAUUGACGCUGCUUUCAAGGACCUCGUCAAGCGAGAAGAGGUAAGGAACAACAAGCUGAUAUAUCAAGACAAGCCUAGGCUCAAAACCGCACUUGAGAUGCUUAGGACAAGCAUGAACCUAGAAGACACUCUCCACGAGAUAACAAUGCCAUUCUUUGUAUUACACGGAGAAGCAGAUACAGUGACGGAUCCAGAGGUAAGCAAAGCUCUGUACGAGAAAGCUAGCACAAGGGACAAGACGCUCAAGUUGUAUCCAGGGAUGUGGCACGCUCUGACGUCAGGUGAGCCUGACUGUAACGUGGACCUUGUUUUUGCUGACAUCAUCAAUUGGCUUGACCUUCGAACCGCUGACCCUGCCUCUCUCACUGUCACUCCUAUACGAGUUGGUAACACUACGAGCGUCCAGAGGGUAACUACUGUUAACGGCGUUAGUAACGGUCAUAGGAGGCCUAAACGUCCCUUCUUCAAUCUCCUUUGUGGUUUGAACCGUGGCCGUUUGGUUCCACGAUCCACUGUGUAAUAAAAUUUUAUCAAGGCAAACAAAAAACAAUUUAUGAAAAAGAGAGUUAUGAUUUUGUGUGAAUUAUUAAAGAUUGGUGGUCUCAUGGUUUGAAAUUUGAAAA